UUAGUCAUACAGGUUAAGGGACCCUAUAGUAGGUUCAUGCCAUGCGGACACGGGGCCAAUAUGCCCAAAUUAAAAACGAAGGAAAUCUUUUAGUUUUGUGGUCAGCAUUGUACAUUACCAUAUAUGUCUUUUAGUGCUUAAAAGUCAGAAUUUUGUUUUCGAAAUAAUUGCCUAGUUGUAUACAUGAGCUGGCACCGUGCUGGAUUCAAUGCAGGAGACUCUAUUUGAUUCCACUUGCUCAUGGUCUAUCUCUUUAUAUAUCCUCUUCAAUCAUACACCUUCCUUCAACCACUCCAUACGCUUUCACUCUUUCUUAUUCAUCUGCUUUCUCUCUCUCACACACUACCUCCACAAAUUUGUCUGAAGAAGUAGCGUCCAAGAGUUACUGUUUGAACAUUUUACAGGGCUUCCUCAACGGCUAUUUUGGAGUUUAGGUUGAGAAAGGAAUUGGAUGGAGAUAACAACCGAUAGUGCUACCUCCAGCAAGACAGAAGCCACCAAAAUCACAUCAGUUGAACCUUUUUCUGAUCUCAACAACUGUACCAUUAUCACAAUUGCAGGCAUGGAACCUGAGUUUUACAACGCUGCAGUGAAAGGUAACACUGAUGCCUUUGAAGGGAAGGGUGAGCAAAUUGAGUCAAUACUAACCCCAAAUAAAAAUACAAUCCUUCAUAUACACCUCACAAACUAUACCGACAGUGUUUUAGAGACAUCUGUGAAAGAGACAUUUGUGGAAGAGGUUUUAGGUAUGUGUCCUGCACUUCUUUUAAAGACUAAUGUCAAGGGUGAUACCGUACUUCAUAUAGCAGCAAGGUAUGGACAUCAUAAAACAGUGAAGAAAUUAAUUGAUUAUGCUAAACUUCCUCAUAUCUAUGAAGUUGGAGCCGAGAAAAGACUUAUAAGAGCAGUAAAUGAUAAGAAUGACACAGCCUUGCAUGAAGCAGCUCGUUAUGGUCACAAUGAAGUGGUGGGUGUCUUAUUAAAGGAAGAACUAGAUCAUUCAUAUUUUGGUAAAAAUGUUGAUGGUGAAACUCCACUUUAUAUUGCUGUUGAGAAACAAUAUUGGAAUGUGGUAGAUACAAUAUUGGAUAACAGUAUUUCACCACAAUAUAAUGGCCCCAAUGGCAGAACCGCUUUGCAUGCUGCAGUCCUUCAUGGUGACGCAGGAGUAGUGCGGAAGUUGGUGACAAGAAACUUAUCAGCAGCAAAACAAGCAGAUGAGAAUGGUUGGGUUCCACUUCACUUGGCAGCACUUUGUGUAGAUUCAGAUGUGAUAGAGGAGUUGGUAAGCAAAGAUAGCAGCACGGCAUACAUGAGAGAUAACAAAGGAAGGACGGCUCUUCACUUUGCAGCACUUAUAAAUGCAGAUACGAUGAAAACAAUAUUAAAAUAUUGUCCCGAUUGUUAUGAAUUGGUGGAUGAACGGGGCUCAAAUGCUCUUCACUACACUGCGAUGGGAGAAAGUUGUUUCCUAUUUACAUUGCUGGAACAUAUCUUUGAAGUUGCACCACUAAUAAGAAACUUGUGCAAUGAGAAAGAUGACGAUGGGAACACACCACUUCACCUCCUUGCCCAUCGAGCUCCAGAAUGGAAGAAAGACUAUGAUUCUUAUCAUCCUCUUUUAGAUCCACGGUUACCAACCAUGUUUCAGUUCCCAAAAGUGGACAAACUGGCAUUUAAUAAAUAUGGUCAAACUGCUCUCGAUAUUGCUGUUGAUGUUGUGCCUCCAGAUUCAGCUUCUGAGAAUUCAAUGUUAAGGAAAUUGAAAACUAUUGGAGCAAAGUUAGGAGGACGAGUUCUGGAUAAGCAUCUUAAAGAGAAGAAACAAGAGAAGAGAGCUGUUGGUGGAAAGGAGAAACAAUACAAGACAAGUAGUCAAGAUCUUUUAGCUAGAACAACAACAGCCUACGCUGUAGUGGCAACUUUAAUUGCAACGGUGACAUUUACUGCAGGAUUUACAUUGCCUGGAGGACUGAUUCAAGAAGGGGAAAAUAAGGGCUCUCCCAUAUUAAAGUAUAAUGCAGCUUUCAUCGCAUUUGUUGUUACAGAUUCUCUCUCAUUCAUGCUCUCUAUUUCUACUGUUUUUUUCCUAUUUUUUAUAUCAACAAUUCCAGAAGUUGAGGAUGAGGUGGACGAGGAACUUCAUGAAUUCCUGCUGGGUACUUGUGGGUUUUUAACCAUGGGGGCAAUGGCAUUUAUGAUCAUAGCAUUUGGGACAGGCAUAUAUGUUGUCCUGGGUGUUUCUAAAGGUUUUGGUAUUGUCACUCUCUUUAUUGUGUUUUCCUUUUUCUUCGGCCUUUUUAUAGUAUAUAUGAGUCUCAAGAGAAGGACAAAAAUUUUUUUGAGCAACGCUUUAUUAUUGGUCAAGAAAGAAGGAUUGAGUUGUCCCAGAUUCUCUGAGUCAUUGUAGAUGGAAUUUUAUUUGUUAGUCUGUCUUCAACGUAUUUCAUGUAUGUGCUCUUCUCCCCCAAGUGUUACACAUACACAGUGCAAUACACAUAUAUGUAUAUGUAUGUAGACAAUAUGCAGACGAGAGUAGUAGUCGAUGUGAGAUGUAUAUUAUGAACGUGGGCACCUCUUUGCCCAUA